GCUGUGCCGCCUAUUGCCCGGCUGAAGGCCUGGAAGAUGGCGGCCUCCUGGAGGCUUGGCUGUGACCCGCGGGUGCUGCGCUAUCUCCUGGGUUUCAGCGGCCGGCGGAGCCCGGGCUUGGCCAAGGGGGCUGCUGGGUGGUCUGUCGGCUCCGGAGCUAGUUGGAGAUGGUUUCACAACACUCCGUGGCAAUGGGCUGAUCCUAUUAAAAUACUAAUGCCAUCUCUGUCUCCCACAAUGGAAGAAGGAAACAUCGUGAAAUGGCUGAAAAAGGAAGGUGAAGCUGUGACUGCUGGAGAUGCCUUAUGUGAAAUAGAGACGGAUAAAGCUGUGGUUACCUUAGAUGCAGGUGAUGAUGGCAUCUUGGCCAAAAUAGUGGUUGAAGAAGGAUCUAAGGGUAUACGGCUAGGUUCACUAAUUGGCUUACUAGUUGAAGAAGGGGAAGAUUGGAAAAAUGUUCAAAUUCCCAAAGAUGUGGGUCCUCCUCCUCCAGCCUCAAAACCAACAGUGCCUCAUCCUUCACCAGAGCCACAGAUUUCCACCCCUGUUACAAAGACACCCACAACCGGGCAACUGCCGAUCCGUUUAAGUCCAGCUGCCCGAAAUAUUCUGGAAAAACAUGCAUUGGAUGCUAGCCAGGGCACAGCUACUGGCCCUCGGGGAAUAUUCACUAAAGAAGAUGCUCUCAAACUGGUUCAGCUAAAGGAGAUGGGCAAGAUCACUGAAUCCAGACCACGGCCAGCCCCUUCAGCUAUUCCCACAGAGCCUGUGUCCCCCCAGGCCACCGCCACACCACCUCAUGGUCGCCCAAUGAUCCCACCAAUUUCAACGCCUGGCAAGCCCAACGUCCCGGGUACGUUCACUGAAAUACCUGCGAGCAACAUUCGGAGAGUUAUUGCCAAGAGGUUAACUGAAUCUAAAAGUACUGUGCCUCAUGCAUAUGCUUCUACGGACUGUGACCUUGGAGCUGUCCUAAAAGUUAGACAAAAACUAGUCAAAGAUGACAUUAAAGUGUCAGUAAAUGAUUUUAUCAUCAAGGCAGUAGCAGUCACCCUUAAACAAAUGCCAGACGUCAAUGUAAGCUGGGAUGGAGAGGGUGCAAAGCAACUUCCCUAUAUUGACAUUUCAGUGGCUGUGGCAACAGACAAAGGUUUAAUUACGCCAAUCAUCAAAGAUGUAGCUGCUAAGGGUAUACAGGAAAUUGCUAACUCUGUAAAGGUUCUGUCAAAGAAAGCAAGAGAUGGAAAAUUGUUACCUGAAGAAUACCAAGGAGGAUCUUUCAGUAUUUCCAACUUGGGGAUGUUUGGCAUUGAUGAAUUUACUGCAGUGAUCAACCCCCCUCAGGCCUGCAUUUUAGCUGUUGGGAGAUUCCGACCUGUGCUGAAGCUCACUGAGGAUGAAGAGGGAAAUGCCAGGCUGCAGCAGCGCCAGCUCAUCACCGUCACAAUGUCCAGUGAUAGCCGAGUGGUCGAUGAUGAACUGGCCACCCGGUUCCUGGAAAGUUUCAAAGCAAACCUAGAGAAUCCUAUGCUACUCACUUAGUUCCCAGACAGUGAGAAGUUGGACUUUGGCUUAAUAAUAAUAGUUGUUACAAAGAAACAUACACAAAAGGAAGACAGGCAUUGAAGAGUGAAGUGUAUGGAAUGCUUAUUUAUUUAAGAUGAAAGAAUUUGACCAGGUUGUCUUUAUUUUCAUUUGGGGUGUAAUGUUGUAGAAAUAUGAGAUAACAAACUGUAACUAAUGAAAGAACACUUGGUUAAGGCAGAUCCUAUUUUAACCUCUGGUGCUAAAAGGGGUGUUGAACUAGAUGUAAAUUAAAUUAUAUAUUUGGCUCAUUUGAGUAUUUUACAGUAUUUGAGACUAUAUAAUAGAUUUUAAAAUCAAAAAUGUUAGAAUUCUGGCAUAUAUUAAAAUUAGAAAUAGUCAUCAAAAGAAAGAUGCCCAUUAAUUUAGCAGUGAGACCUCACUUUUAUAAGCACUGCCCUAGACAUACUUGAAUUUAAUGUGUACAGAAGUAUAUUCUGGAUAAUAGUGAAUAAAUAAGGAUUGCAUUGUA